UCUUAGCAAAAAGCAUGACGGUUGGCAUCUAAUCCAUUACAUUUACACCAUCAACAUUUCACCGACUUCUCGAUACAAAUUUCCCCUUAUCGUAGCUUUGAGAGCCUUUUGGUCUAUCAAGAACAAUGGCGAGCAAAUUUAAACCCAAGGUUCCUGUAACCCUAGACCCUCCUAAGGACGACCCUAUCUCUGUCGAAGAGCUAGCGAAAGCAGACGGCACUGAGGGGCAGAAGGCUUAUGUAGCAAUCAAGGGCAUAGUUUACGAUGUUAGUGGAAAUAAGGCAUAUCAAGAGGGGGGUUCUUACCACGUCUUCGCCGGAAAGGAUGCCUCUCGUGCGUUGGCGAAGACGUCAACAAAACCCGAGGACGUGAGGCCGGAAUGGCAGGACUUGGAUGAAAAGGAAAAGCAAACCCUUAGUGAUUGGAACACUUUCUUCUCAAACCGGUAUAAUGUCAUUGGUGUUGUCCAAGGCGCAACGAACCUUGAGUAGGUUAUCGGAAUACAUAAGAUUUCCCGAGAGGGGGGGGGGGGGUUAGCAUGCAGUUAGCAAUAAAACGUCAACCAGAUCUUUAUUUGACUGACUCAACCUAAC